AUGUCUUACCCAUCCCGCCCCGACACUGUCACCAGUCAAGCGUACUCUAAUCGCACGACAACCGCAGCGACCACGGCAACCCAGGGUUCGAGAAUCCCCACUGUUAAUAUUGAUCGACCUCGCCAGCCAUAUGCUGGCAACCCAGAAGAUGGAGGUAUCCCAGCAUUUACGAGAAGAGAAUCCUUCUAUCAGACUAGGACGCCCCAGGAAGAAUAUCGAUACCUCCAAGCAGCCGACGUGAGGCGUCAAGUCCAACAGGCGCCACCAACACUCUAUUCUACUCGUGGAAGAUAUCCUGUAGAACACUACAACGAACCCCCUAAGCCUUUGAGCGCUCAGCAACCUUGGUGGGAAUAUCCCAUCGUUCCGAGUCCGCAGAACGGGUCAGCGCCGGGCAACUACGGAAGCUCCAGCAGACCCGGGCCUGUAAGGGCUUUCUACAACAACGGGGAUAGGUCUCGAUUCGAUGUUGGCUAUCACGAUUUAAAUGAAGCCCCUCUCGGGCCACGUCGCGACAAAGCGUUCCCAAACACCCCCUAUACCUUGGGUCAAUACCAUCCUGCUCCUACCUAUAGCCAGGUCCGACGCUCCUGA